CACUCAGAGCUGGUUGUAGGAAAUGCGGGACAAGGCGAGAUGUCAGCAGGGCCGUGUUUAUCUGUUCCAGCGAUGAAGCCCAAUAUACUCUUGAAGUGAGUUUUUUACGUUAAUAAACCAAUCGGACCUUUGUGCUCAAUGCCAACGCUCAAGAGGAUCUGCUUUCAUGCGAAGUGGAAGAGCAGCGCUGAGCGGCAGUGUCUAGCUAACAUCAUCUUUGCUAGCCCAACAACACACCACCACCCUGCAGCGAAAGGUCGCCAACUAACGUUACACGGGCUAGUUUGCACUUUUGGCUUUAUUAAUAAAACUUUCUCAUCAGCCCAACGGCUUACCAACGGCCUGUCACGCUCUCACCUUUCAUCCGUUUAACGGCGGCGGCGGGGGGGUCAAGUUAACCGGAGCCGACAGGAACCCCCCCGGACGGACGGAUCACACAGUUGCGGCUGUCACAUCAAGAGGGAGACAUGGCUGAAGUCUCCGCCCUCAGCCCCUCUCCCCCCAGUAUGGGAGACCAGACAGUGCCCGCUCCCUCCAGCCCACAGCCGCUCCCCUCAGAAACUCCAAUCCCAAAAUCAUCUCUAUAUGGAGAUCGAGCAGUGAUGAGCAACCCAACAAUACAGACAGGUGGAAAAACCUCCACUUCCCCAGGUUCCCCUGACAAAAACAUUGUUGCUCCCUCUUUAACAGCAACAAACAGUGCUGGUGAUCCACAGGUGGAUGUACUAGCUGCUACAGAUGCAGGGAUUAAUGGGAAGAAUACUUUAAGUGGCCACACUGAUGCACAGGGGUCAGAGCCUGAACAUCAGAUGCCCGUUUCCCCCGAACUUCCGAGUCCUAAUCUCUACCCCAAUGUUGUUGAAGUCAGCCAUGUUUCCAAUCCUGCUCCCUCCAUGGACGCUCCCCCUGAACACCCCCCUUCUCCGAGUCCUAAUCUCUACCCCAAUGUUGUUGAAGUCAGCCAUAUUUCCAAUCCUGCUCCCACCAUGAACGCUCCCCCUGAACACCCCCCUUCUCCGAGUCCUAAUCUCUACCCCGAUGUUGUUGAAGUCAGCCAUAUUUCCAAUCCUGCUCCCUUCAUGGAUGCUCCCCCUGAACACCCCCCUUCUCCUAUUCCUGUGUCCUCAGAACAUCUCACAACCUCCAACCCCGCUCCCUCUCACCCUUCACAAGACUCCACAGCAGAUCCUUUUUCAGAAGCACAAGCCGAACCCCUGCCCGACCAGAACCCCAACACUCCAAAUACUUCCAGCACAAGCAGAAUGGCCCUCGAGCCUCCCUGCACGCCAUCAAAAGCUGAUCCCCCAGCUGUGCUGGUGCAGGAGUCAGGUGGGUCUUUUGUUCUGCCCUCUCACACACGACCGGCUCCGGACACGCUCAGCUACCUGGAAUCGGCCAGUCUGAUGUCAGGCACACUGGAGUCUCUGUCAGGGCUCGGAGAGGAUGGAAGCUCUGUGGGGUCAGAUUCGGAGAUCAACGGCCCUAUACGACGCACUGAUAAAUAUGGGUUUCUAGGAGGCACACAAUACAAUGAGGCCAGUGAGGCAGAGAUUCGUGUGGCUGUGGCGAGACAGAGAGAGAUGAAAUGGCUGGACAUGUUCAGAAACUGGGACAAGUGGAUAUCUCGACGCUUUCAAAAGGUGAAAAUUCGCUGCAGGAAAGGAGUCCCCUCCUCGCUGAGAUCUAAAGCCUGGCAGCUGCUGUCAAACAGCCAGGAACUUUUUGAGUCGAAUCCUGGGAAAUUUGAGGAGCUGGAGAAAGAUCAAGGAGAUCCAAAGUGGUUAGACAUUAUAGAGAAGGACUUGCACAGGCAGUUCCCCUUCCAUGAGAUGUUUGCGGCUCGGGGAGGACAUGGACAGCAAGAUCUGUACCGUAUACUGAAGGCCUACACCAUCUACCGGCCGGAUGAGGGCUACUGUCAGGCCCAGGCACCAGUGGCAGCAGUUCUGCUCAUGCACAUGCCUGCCGAGCAAGCAUUCUGGUGUCUUGUGCAAAUCUGUGAGAAAUUCUUGCCAGGGUAUUACAGUGCUGGUUUGGAAGCUAUCCAGCUGGACGGAGAGAUUUUUUUCUCUCUGCUGAGGAGAGUGUGUCCCAUGGCUUACCGCCAUCUGAAGAAAUUUAAGAUUGACCCCAUCCUAUACAUGACAGAGUGGUUUAUGUGCAUCUUCUCCCGUACGCUGCCUUGGUCCUGUGUCCUGCGCGUUUGGGACAUGUUCUUUUGUGAAGGAGUGAAGAUCAUAUUCCGUGUGGGUUUGGUUCUACUCAAGCAAAUGCUUGGAUCUGUGGAUAAGCUCCGUGAGCUGCAGGGCAUGUAUGAGACCAUGGAGCGACUGAGGAACAUUCCCCCUGAAAGUAUCAAAGAGGAAGUUAUGGUGCAAGAGAUUAUCUCUCUAUCCGUGACGGAGGCUCUCAUAGAGAGGGAGUGCACUAUUCAGGUGCGGAAGUGGCGGGAAUCUCGUGGUGAGUUGACUCAUCAACCAGGACGUCGGCUACAUGGCACUCGGGCCAUCUUCGAGCAGAAGCAUCGGGCUGCUGCGAUCAGCUCAGGUGGCAGCCUGUCCUUCCUGAGUCACAUCCCUGCUCCCGGCCCUCUGCGUGCGUCCUCAAGUCUCCUAUCUCUUCCUGGCCUGAGAAAGUCUAAGUCACCAUUUUAUUCUCAGAGUAAGAAAGGACAGGAUGAUGUUCCACUGCAGACCCUAGGGGGCGGCAUCGGUGCAGUGACAACGCAAUCCUCAUCUUCCUUAGCUGGGACGACCCACUCAAAGCCUCCCAUAUCUCCUCCUUAUAACGCUGGAGCUGGGAUGCGUCCGCAGGUGCCACAUGGGACCAGUCCUCUAGCGUCGACAUCUGUUCCCAUGGCACCGGCUCCGACCGCACACGUCUCCAGUGCACAAAUGCUUCAGCCCUCACCUAAAGUCGUAUCUGAGUACAUCACCCCCACCAUUCCCUCACCAACCGCAAACAACGCCCCUUUACCGCCAUGCCCCGAAACCGUGAAACCAUCAACAGCGGGGGCAUCGGAGGAGGACGGAAAGAAGAAGAAGAGAAGUAAGGAGGACAAGAAGCGGGAGAAGGAUGAGGAAAGGCAAAAAUUACGAGAAAAGAAGGAAAAGGAGAAGACUGAGAAGGAGAGGCUGAAAAAAGAAAAGGAUAAAGCAGAGAAGGAGAAGAAAAAGGAGAAGGGAGGGAAGAAAAAAGAUAAAGGAGGAGGGGGGACAGAGGAGAAGAAUGGUGCGGCAGCGGCCAAAGAUCAGGCUUAAAAAGAGAAUAAGAUAGAGAGGAAAAAUGAACUCCUGUAACGUCCAUUUCAUCUCAAGUUCUCAUUUCAGAAGAAUAACUGGAUCAUUGCUCCUGCCCCUCACGCUCCACUCAUCAUAUCUUCUGUAUGAAAGUGCGUUCAGAGCCCAAUGCUGACCUACGAAACAGGCAAAACUGAAUAUUAUUCAGAUAAGGGGUUUCUCUUGAAAGUAGAUAUCAGGUUGAGAUCAACAGUAUAGUCUGAAGGCAGUUCCAGUGUAAUGGGUGCCAUGGUGUAUAUAGACCUCUUGCGCCUUGUGUGAAGGGCUCAUCUGUGCCAGUCCGAUUUCCUGAUCUCUGUGGUCACAAACAAAAUAUCCGAGAAAAGCAAGGCUUUGAUUUAAGCCAUAGUGCAAGUAAUAAUGGUAGUACGUGAGUGUUCUGCAGGACCUAUUUAGUCAUUGUAUUGUUGUUUGUUAGUGUGUGUUAUUGUAUGUUUGUGCCUUGACAUUGUAGUGAACUGUAUCACAGUGUUGUGUGGCAGACAGGUCUUAAAAGGUUUGUGGUUCUCUCAACUUAAGCAAGCACGUCUUUCUUUCACUUUCACAACGUUAAACGGCAGAAGAAGUGUAAGGAAGUGGCCAGUAGGGGGACAACUGGGGAAUAAAUGUGUUAAAUAUUGAGAACUGGGAGGGGAGAAUAGUCAAAUAAUUCAGACUUAGAUGUGUUUCUCUUUCAAAACUAAAAGAACAAAAAAAAGAACCACUUUUGUGUCUCAGCAUCUAAUAUUUGAUGAAUUAUUAACCAUUUGAAAAGUUUAAAUCUUCCAAGUUAACCUAAAUACUAGGAGAUUUUUCUAACAGGAUAAAACUAUUUAUGAGAAAGCGUACCUAUUUCCGCUGUUCAAUCUUAGUCCAUCUUUACGUAAGCCUCAGCAAAAAUGUGGCAUUUCAUUGCAUGGACACUCCACUUUCUCUGAUGAUCUGGCUUAUUUUAUUUAUUUUAUUUUAACAAACAUACACUGUGGUUAAGGUUAAAAUCUGCCAGGUAUAUGUGUGGUUUGAUGUUAAUAAUCUUGCUAUUGAUACGAAUGUAGAGUUCGGACUGUAAUUUAUCAGAUUUUGCACUGAGGCCUGUUGAUUUUCACCACUAACCUUGAUCAGUUCAUGUAAUGUAGGACACCCUCUAAUCCAGUUCAUCUGAAUCUGUAAUUCUGUACCUUUAUUGGAAGGGUUGGUGCAGAAGUGUAGCAUUAAACUUUGAAGCGCUGAGGCUUCAGGCUGUAAUGUUUUGAUGUACAAACUAUUAAUUUAAUCAGAUAAAACUAUGUUAUAUCUAUUCUAGUUAUUAGUUUUUGGUUGAAUUAGAUUUUUUUUUCUAUGCAAGUAUACAAAGGCCUGGUAGACUGGAAUGACAGUGAACUUUCAGAAUGAGAGGGCCCACUGUAAGGAGAGUUUUGUGAAGAACUAUUUAAUCACAGGAUUUGAGUUUUAUUUUUGAGUGGUGAAAGUGUUUUUUGCACGUCUGCUCUUGACAUCUUGGAGAACAAAGCCAAUCAUUUGUUAUUUAUUUUAGAUAUUUAAAAAUCACAAGAUUGUCUAGUGUUACUGCAGUAUUUGUGUUAUGGGAGAUGGUAAAGAUGUUCAUUCAUUUUUUUCUUAUAAUGUGCCCAGGGGGCCAUGAUUCAGAAGACGAAAGGAUGAUCCAAAGCUGUUAAAUAAAUCGUAAACUAGGCAUUUCUGUGUUAAAUUUUAUUAUCUUAAACAGACGUUUAACUGAACAGUGUUACUUUUAAUGUCAAGUAAACUGAGGACUAAGCCCGCCAUGACCCACUGACCCCUCAAUAAUUAUGACUUAUUCUGAUAAGUCAUAAUUAUAAGUGAUAAGUGAUUGGACCGUUCUUAGAUUCAUAUUCUUCUACCCCUACUAGAUAUUUAUUGUUGAGUAUUCUGAAGACCUGAAAUGGGAUAUCACUUAACCAAGUCCUGGUAAAGAGGGACUUCCUUUGCAAUAUAGUACUGUCAGUGUUUUAAUGAUGUCUUCUGUGUUCAUAGACUCAGUGUGUCACGCUGGCCUUUUAUUGUUCAAUCUCAAUUUUAGGUGGCCAUACCUCAUCCUCAACUAUUGGUGGUGCCCUUACUGACCGUUUUGGUCAUUGCUUCCUCAAAUGGCACUUAUGUUCAAAUGGCAAGCAAGCAAAUCAUGUCUAUGCAAACUUUAUGUUCUUAACUGUCUGCGCAAUGUUGAUGUUAGCGUUCAUGUCAUGGCCACCAGGGGGAUAAAACUGAAGGUCACUGUAGCCUUUACUUAAAGUUAGAUUGGAUUGCAAUGUCCAUGGCCUGUUAUUUCCAGAUGACAUGGAAAAUCUGGAUUCAUGUGUGUUAUCCUGAAGAAUUGCUCUAGGUUUCACCCACUGGGUAAAAACCUGGCACCUUUCACACUUCUUGUCUGUUUGGCCAAGGGUACGACAGGUGGACUUUGUACGUUGUGCUCACCAAGAAUUAAUGCAAGGUCAUCCAGUCUUGGUUUAUUAACACUGAGACAGCUAGGACAAGCUGAAAAGUGGUUGACUUGUGUUAUGGAUUUCUGCAUUGGUCAAUAUGGCCUAAUGUAUAUAGUAGGAUUGUUGUAAAACUAAUUUUAAUUAUUUUUAUUUUUAUUGUAGAUUUUGUUUUGGACAGUGAACUCUCAUGUCACUUUUCUCGGACUUGUUUUUAAGUUUACAUUAAAACAUUUAACGUUACUGUUAAGAAAGAAAAAAUAAUAGAUGAAGAGUUGUUCCAUAAAUGCAGAAAAAGAAGUUCACACAGUGUAUUUAAUAAUUAAUUUGAUGACAGUUGUGCUGAAUAAUAAAUCAUAAUAUAUUAAAAAUCCCUCUGUUGUGUCUGUGUUUGUUACAUUAGGAUAUUUUUGAAGUGACAUCGAACUAAGUACUCACCUGUUACUCAUCCAAUUUUAUUUAAGAUUACAUGAUUCGUGAAGAUCCGUAGAGUUGUUUUUACGAAUACAGGAUGUUGGAGAAUUGUUUAACGUUGUCUAACUAUUUUUUUACUUUAAAUUAUGUCUAUUCCUUGUAAAUGUCCGUAUUAUGAAAAGUCCUGCUGCUUUGCCCUGGUAGCCGCGCGCACCGGGAAAAGGCGCGAAUUUCUGAGGUGAGAGUCUUUCACAAUUUGUGACCAGAGGGUGGUAACGUUAAGAUAUUAAUUUAAUAUGUCUAAUAUCCAAGUGAAAAGACUUUUAACACGAACUUUACCUUAUUUUAUAAUGUUAAAGGUCGCAGGUGGAUACGACCAACAUGAAACUAGCACAGGGAUACAGUAACGUUAGCUGUUAUGAUUCAUUUUUACAUUUUUUUGUCUUGUUAAUGUUGUUUUCUUUUUUUUUUACUUGUUUGACACUUGGUAUAUGUUUUAAUGCUUUAAAUACAACCUCAUGUUCUCAUUUAAUGGUUUUAACUCGUCUUUUUUGACGUGGAGAUGAAUAUAAAGCGGAGCAGCUUUGCUUUUGUUGCCACUAGGCGGUGCUGUUCACACAGUACUUCUGCCCACCUUGGGAUCUAAAAAAAUCCAAGACUUGCAGCUUUAUUGCAGACAGUCUUGUUUUACAUUUCUGUCUCUACGAGUUAUAGUUACAGCAGAGACAGAUAGAGAUGUCUCGCAGACACAGCAGUACAAAAGAUAGAUGUUUUAUUCACAGUUUGUGUAUUUUUAUUGGUUACAGAAGAGUGCUUGACAAGGCAAAGCAGGCCCAGAUGCAGAAAGCAAAUAGUGGGUAGAUUAAAAAAAGACAUGGACAUAGCAAUAGUGAAGAGGAGGGGAGAGGGGGAGUGAAGAUAUGUUUUCUUUCAGUCCUCGCUCUCCUCGCGUCCUUGGACGGUCUGCCUCUCUAACUCCCUCCAUGAUAACUUGGCAUCACUUUUAGGAGACCAAGAUCUCUCAGUACAAACCUCACUUUCUCCUUUCUCUGUUAGUUCUCUGUUGUAGUCAACUGUGAAAGAGAUGUGAUAGGCUCCUCUAUUAUAGAGUGGGAUCACUUCAACCUUGCUUCUUCCCGAGAGUGGGCUUACAAAAUUCGUCCAGAUUUUCCUAGUGAGCUGUUUCAGCCAAACGAAGAAAGGAGCUAUAUUCAGUUCCACCCUCAAGGUAACAGCAGAUGUUGCAACAUUUAUGCAUGCUUUAGACGUGAUGGUCAUGGUAAUGAGUGAGAAACCGAGAGAAAGAGAGAGAGAGAGUAUGUGAGAGGUAUGGAAAUGAUGUUAAAAUGUUUUAUUGAAAACAAUUCCAUGUCCCCACUGACAGACACUGUGGUCAUCAGUCUCUCCACCCUCCCAAUCGAGUCUCAGUGAGAUAAGUCUUUGAUUUUGAAUGAGAGCAGAAUUUGGGAGAGAUAGAGAGUGUAAGUGCUUGAGAGUAACACAGAUGAUGGAAAGGAAGAAGAGGAAGAAACACAAAGUGAGAGAAGGAG